AUGUGGGACAUGCUUUGGCCAAGGGAUUGGUCAAGGCUGGACAUACAAUCACCGUGGUCUCCGUCUUUCCUCAGAAGAAACCCAUUCCUGGUUAAACUGAUGUAAAUGUGCCAAAUGUGGUCAAAGUUAUGGGAGGAGACAUCGGGUCCUUGUGGGCAUCUAUCCAAAAGCCAUUUACUCAGAAUCUCAUCGAUCUGUAUCAAAUGGGAUUUCACAUCACAAGAGGCCUUUUCGAGGACGCCAAUUUCCAGGAUUUUCUGAAGAGCAACCAAAGCUUUGAUGCGAUCAUAUGUGAGACUUUCUACAAUGAUGCUCACUAUGGUUUGGCAGAGCAUUUUAAUGCUCCACUCAUUGGAUUGGGCACCGGUGGAGGUCUGACAUUUAUCACAGAUUUAGUUGGUUCCCCCGCUCCAGCUUCGUUUGUGCCCCACGUAAUGCUACCCUUCAACGAUCACAUGUCGCUGUACGAACGCCUUUUGAACGUGGCUUUCCUUGGCUAUGAAAGGCUUCUACUGGACUACUAUUUCUUACCGACUCAGGAGAAGUUCUACAAGGAGUUCUUUCCGGGCAACAAGAGGUGUUUCUAUGAGAUGCGCCGAAAUGUCUCCUUGGUGCUCUUCAAUCAACAUGUUUCACUAAGUUUUCCCCGACCACACUCACCCAACAUGAUUGAAGUGGGUGGCAUGCAUAUCGACGGAAAGUUAAAUCCACUGCCCGAGAAGAUCGAGAGAUUCAUCAAUGAGUCAGAACAUGGAGCAAUCUACUUUUCCAUGGGAUCGAAUCUCAAGACCAAGGACUUACCCCCAGCAAAGGUUCAAGAGAUCCUAAAAGCGUUAGGUGGACUCAAGCAGCGUGUUCUCUGGAAAUUUGAGCUGGAUAACCUGCCCAACAAACCGGAGAAUGUCUACAUCUCCGACUGGUUUCCACAGACGGACAUAUUGGCCCAUCCCAAGAUCAUAGCAUUUGUGACCCACGGCGGCAUGCUGAGCACCACGGAGUCCAUUUAUCAUGGUAAACCCGUGGUCGGUUUGCCGAUCUUUAGUGAUCAGUUCUUCAACAUGGCUCAUGCCGAGCAAGCCGGCUAUGGCAUUAUGCUGGACUUCAAGACGCUGAAAGCCGAUGAUUUCCGACAAGCCAUCGAGCGGAUUACCAGUAAGCCAUCCUACACGAAAGUGGUGCAGGGCAUGUCCUUCCGAUAUCGGGAUCAACAAAACACGCCAAUGGAAAAGGCGAUAUACUGGGUGGAACAUGUGACCCGCCAUCAAGGAGCUGCCUAUUUGAAGAGUGCGGCUCAAAGGCUGAACUGGUGGCAGUACCACAAUGUGGAUGUGCUCCUAAUUAUUUUUGUAGUAAUGGUUCUGUUGCUAAUUGUACUGCCAAUAACUAUCUAUAAGCUGCUUAAAAAGAUAUUAUUUAAAGGAGAGAGAACCCAAAGCACUAAAGUCAAACGCAACUAGAAAUGUAGCUAUGUACUUUUGUAUAAGUAAAGUUUAAAGCAUGACAGUUCACUUUAAAAAAAUCGACAGUAAAGAAUUUAAAACCUGCUAUGUUAUUAAAUUUUAUACACAGUAAA